AUGGCUUAUUUAUUUGAUAACCCCUCGUCUACCAUUGUUGCUGAUUCUCAUUAUUUUUUAAUCGAUCGUAAUUACCCUGAUUCUCAUUAUUUCGCUGGUUCCUGCAAUGGAUUGAUCUGUUUGAUUCAUGAAGCUGACACUUACACCGAUGACGAGUACAAGUUCCAAUUAUGGAAUCCAGCUACUAGAAAAUUAUCUCAAGAAUUUGGAUAUUCUCAUCAUUCAAGGUUAGGCUUUACCUUCAAGUUUGGUUGUGAUGACUCCACUUGCACUUUUAAAGUGGUUGCGUACCGUUUCAUUCAUGGUAGAUAUACAAGUGAGGUGAAAGUUUUUACUAUCGGUGAUAAUGUUUGGAAAAAUAUUGAUAGUUUCCCCAUUGUUCCUAUUGCCUUUGAGUUUAGACAUUGGAGGAGUAAUUGCUCCGAUGGUUGUGUGUUUUUAAAGAGCUCUCUUAACUGGUUGGCUAUUCACAAGGAUAUCGAGAAGGACCUUCACGACGAGUACACGCCAAACUUCCACGAAAAUUGGACUUCUCUUAGGAGGGACAUUACUGUUGAGGACCUUGUUAUUGUUUCACUCGAUCUGGGGAUAGAGACAUACCAUCGAUAUCUAUUGCCUCAGGGUUUUGAUAAGCUGCCGCGUGUAGAGCCAACCAUUAGUGUGUUGGGGGAAUGGCUUUGUUUUCCUUAUUUUCACGAGGGAACUGAUAUGGUUAUAUGGCAAAUGAGGAAAUUAAGAAUUGAAGAGUCUUGGAUUCAAUUUUUUAAAAUUAGUUAUGACGUUCUUCAGUUAUACUAUGACUUUAGUGACAAUCAUAUUCAGUUAUUGCCAUUGUUUCUUUCAAAGGAUGGUGAUUCAUUGAUACUGUCUAGUAAUGUUAAUUAUGAUGGGGAAGCAAUUAUUUAUAACUGGAAAGGAAAGAUAAUAGUGCGCAACAGAUAG